AUGGAGGUGCCUGCCCGGGCCACAGCCACAGAGUUUGCCGUCGCCCAAACAGCCUUUGAGACAGCCCAGUCCCCGUCUCUACUCCUUCGCCUCCCAGCCGUGUGUGCGCUUUGUUUGCACCUCACCACCACACCUCCCAUCCUCAAAGCCAGCGCGGCAACCAGCGAACAAAGUCCGGGGCCUAACCUAACCUUGCUCUACUCCCAGCCCACACGCGUCACCCUCAUUGUCGCGCCACCAGACACCUUUUUUUUCUGUUGGGAUCACUACGGUAGCAGUCGCACGAGACGGCGCAUCGCCUCUGGCCAGUCCCGAGCAAACGCGCCUCUCUGUCUUGUGCGUGCGCGCGUGCUCAACUCGAGUGGAGAGCUGUGGCCGGGCCUCAGCCGAGCCUGCCAACUGGGAAUCGAAGGCGUGCUUGCUGCUGCAAGGCUGUGGUUUGUUGCCAAGGGCUGA